UUUAGGUUAGAAACACGAUGUAAAUAAAAACCAGCUGACCAUACAACGUGCUUGUUUUAGUUUUUUAUACAAAUUUAAUCAAUUUGGUUACUUUUCCAGAGUUCAUUUAGUGGCAUGGAAAAUAUGAAUUACCAGUUUACCGUAGAAUUCCAGUGGUACAAUUAUUAGAUGCUGUAACUAUUUAGUUUGACUGAGACCCAGGACAGAUAAGAAUAUCAUAACAAGUACUCGCAGUCAGGAAAACAAAUCAGAAUUACGAAUUAAAGACAAUUUUAAAGCUUCUAAAAUUGAAGGGUAUUUGAGAAAAUAUCAAACAACACACCGGAGUAUAGUGUUUAGUGAGACUCCCACUUUUACAGCUUUAAUGUAACUUUUUUAGUUCUUCAACUAGAGCUGCCUAGACUCAAUGUUGUUCUGCUAUCGCAUCUGUUCAAAUCGUACUGCGACGUUAUACCGUGUGUGGUAGUUGAAAUUUCCCGAAUCUGAAAACACUUAAGAAAUUGUGAGAAAAUGACAGAACAAGAGAAAACUGUGAUACUAGAAUUUGAAGAUAAAUUGUUAACAUGUGAUAGAAGUGUUCUUGUUUCAAAUAGUGAUUAUUUUUCUGCGAUGUUGGCAGGAAACUUUAGAGAAAGUUUUCAAAGCGUUAUCCAAAUACAGGAUGUAGAUUUAGAGACAUUUCAAACGAUGUUAGUACUUUUGCGAGAUGAUGCGCACUUAACAGAUGAUAUGGACAUUUAUGCAAUUCUGAAAUGUGCGUGUAUGUUGCAAUUUACCGCUAUUAAGGAAAAAUGUGUAUCGCUGUUGCAAAGAAUUUUAAAUUCCGAGACAUGUUUAAUGAUGUGGAAAUUCACCGAAAUGCUAAGUAUAUCGCCACUAUGGAUUCAAGCAAAAUUUUUGGCGCUAGAAGAAUCUUAUACUGUGAUUGAAGGACCAUAUAUUUUUGAACUGAAUUUGGACGAUAUCUGCUCCUAUCUAGGACACGUGUAUUUGAAUAUAAGAGAGGAGUUUAACAUUUUUCAAGCAGCCAUGAAUUGGUGGUAUGAAAACCAGCAAAAGUAUGAGGAAAAGGACCAGUUUGGAGUAGUGUUACGAUUGCUCAAUUGCAUCGACUUUCGUCAAUUAACCGAGUUUGAAAUUCAGGAAAUGCUUAGUUUUCCUAAUAUAGUUGACAAUGUUCAAAUUACUGCAGUACUGAAUGGUGUAUUGAAGUUAAAAUAUAAUAAAAUAAUCGAGAACAGUAGUAUUUCUGGAGAACACCUCAUUUAUGCAAAACAUUUAUGUAAUUCGAAAGGUCGACGGAAAUCGAAAGUUCCCGGAUUACUACUUGGACAAUUUCCUGUACCAACAAAUAAUAGUAAAAGAGACAUACUUUAUGAGCAUGUAAUUUAUGUAGAAGAGUCGGAAAGUUUUGAUGAAUUUCUGUCGAUUGAUGGUACAAAAAUUACUGACGAUUUGACCGGAUUCCAUUUAACAUCCUACAAGCAAUACAUUUGCUUAUUUGGAGGAGAAUUUAUUUUGGGUUUGGGGCAGUGGAAUCGAAAUUUUUGGAUGUACGACACCAUUAAAGGCACAUGGGAAAGAAAAACUAUACUUCCAGUGUCACGACGGCAUUUCGAAUGUGCCGUAGUAAACGACUGUGUGUAUAUAGUUGGGGGAGUGGGAAAUUUUAGAAUCGUUCAGGAAAACAUAAUUUUUUACGAUUUUAAAACCGAUACUUGGGGUUCUCCCAUCUUUCUUCCAGUGAGCGAUAGGAAAUUAAAAUGUUGCGACUUCAAAGGUCAGCUGCUCUUAGUCUCCCUAUAUGGUAAUGACAGCAAAUCGCAAGCCUUCUUUUUUGAUAAAUCGAAAUUAUGUUGGAAGAUUAUGUGCAUGGAUGUCGAUCAAAACGAUAUUGCUGAGAUGGGAGACUUCACGCUUAUUUCCUCUACGGAUUAUCUUUACGUUAAAGGUAGGUUGCUUUUGACAUUCCAACUAAUCAAAAACAAACUAGUCCUCAUUAAAAGGGCGAAACUUAAUUGUAUCGAUUAUGAGGAAAUUAAAUCCAUCUUAUGCAACAGUUCAAUUUACACGAUGUACAAGUAUAAAGAUGAACAAUACAAUCUUGGUAUAUCGUUAGAGAAGUUCGAUUUGUUUAACGAUAAAAGCAGUUUUAUUUUUGAAAAUAAGGGGAGAGACAUUGGAGAGCUGAACAUAAACAAUAAAACAUAUUUUCCUACGUCGAUGUCCAAGUUAUUUGCUACUUAUAACUAUUUAAUAGCACAAAGUGAAGGUACAAUUAACGACCCAAUAAUAAAAUAAUACCUGCAUUAUCUGA